UUUUCCCGUGGACCAUUGAAAUCCAAAAUGCUGUGAGAGUGUUUAUAGAUAGGUACAAUCGAUGAGCAGAAGUUCGCUGUAGUAUCACUACUCGAUCUACUCUAAUACUAUGUCUUCGUGGUUUCUAUUUUUUCCUUUUUUUGUUGCACUGCUCAUCUGUAUACUGAUAAAGAAAAGAUGCAACACAAAACAUGCUAUUCUACACCCACCUGGUCCAUGUAAACUUCCCUUCAUAGGGAACUGCUUGCACUUGCUAUUCCAUGGCUUACCGCAUCGUUGUCUAUGGCAUCUCUCGAAGAAACAUGGCCCUAUCAUGUACCUUCAACUGGGCCGACUACCAGUCUUAGUGAUCUCUUCAGCUGAAUUAGCAAAAGAAGUUUUGAAGACCAAUGAUCGAAAUUUUAGUAGUAGGCCUUCAUUAGCAUGCCCUGGAAAAUUCUCUUAUAAUUCCAUGGAUGUCACGUUUAGUUCUUAUAAUGAGUAUUGGAAGGAGAUGCGAAAGAUUUUUGUUUUUGAGCUUCUGAAUCCCAAAAGAGUGGUAUAUUUUCGGUCUAUUAGAGUAGAAGAGGUCGCGUUUAUGAUCCACUCCAUUUCUCAAUCGUCUUGUAAGCCUAUGGAUCUUUCUGAACAAUUGCUUUCUCUUACUUUCACCAUAAUAUGCAGGAUUGCUUUUGGCAGAGAAUUUGAUAAAAUUAGAUUCCAGCGUAUUGUUUACCAAUGUAUGGAAACUAUUGGUAGUUAUUUUGCAGCCGAUCUGUUUCCAUUUUUUGGGUGUAUAAUCGAUGUUCUCACUGGGCAACAUUCAAAGCUAAAGAAGAAUUUUCAUAAACUUGAUAAUUUUUUACAACAGGUCAUCGACCAGCACAUCGACUCAGAUCAGAGGAGGCCUAAUUCACAACAAGACGACACUCUUGAUAUCUUGCUUGGACUAGAAAAACGUGGGGUUGGGGAUGUUGGUCCAAUUCAAAUAUCUAAAGAUCGUAUCAAGGCACUCCUCAUGAAUAUUUUUGUUGGUGGCGUAGGUACAAGUACUACUACAAUGGUGUGGGCAAUGACAGAACUUGUUAAGAACCCAAGAAUAAUGAAAAAAGCGCAAGACGAGGUAAGAAAUUGCGUAGGCAAGCAAGGGAAAGUCGAAGAGACGGAUCUUGACCAGCUUCAUUACUUAAAGAUGGUGUUGAAGGAGACUUUAAGACUGCAUCCUCCAGGUCCAAUGUCUAUUCCAAGAGAAAGCAUAAGACACUGCAAGAUCAAAAACUAUGAUAUUCUUCCUAAAACGACAGUUUUGAUUAACGCGUGGGCAAUUGGACGAGAUCCAGGUUCAUGGGACGAUCCAGAAGUUUUCUUGCCAGAGAGGUUCAUGACUAACUCCAUUGAUUUCAGAGGACAACAUUUUGAAUUUUUACCGUUUGGAUCGGGUAGACGGGGUUGUCCAGGGAUAUCAUUAGCAACUACAAUAAUGGAGCUCACACUUGCAAAUCUUCUUUACAGUUUUAAUUGGGAAAUACCUUAUGGAUUGAGGCCUGAAAAUAUGAAUAUGGAUGAGGCUGGUACUUUUGCUGUCCAUAAGAAAUCUGCUUUAGAACUUGUGCCUAUCAUGUAUCAGGGCCGUUCCUGAGAAGUUUUUGCCCUAAAGCAGAUCCAAAAAGUGUUGCCCCCUUUUCUUAAGCUGCUUCAAUUUCAUUUCCAUACUGAUAAUUGACAUUAACGCAUCCAUGAUCCAUUGUCUAUGAUUGUUGUAUUUAGAAAGGGAAACACAUGUAUAGCUAGAGUAGUUUGCAUCCCCAUAUCGGCUUUCUAGUCUUGAAGUACCUUCCAUAUGUUAUGUGUUUCUGGGGCAGGAAUUCCAGCAAGGUUUGAACGUUAGAUCUUAUC